AUGUCCAGACCUCAAGUUCUUCUCGUUGCUUCAUCAAGCACUCAGGGCUGGUAUUUGCCCGAGUUCGCACAUCCAUACAAAGUCCUCUCGCCACACGUCGAUCUCGUUAUUGCCUCGCCCAAUGGUGGAGCCACAGUCCUAGACCCAGUCUCCUACGAGCUUUUUAAAGAGGAUGCGUACUGUAUGGAAUUUGCUGCAACUAAAUCAAAGUUAUGGCUAGAGACCAAAAAGCUCUCCGACUAUACCGGUCGCUCUAAGGAGUUCGCCGCCAUCUUUUACAUUGGAGGUUUUGGACCCAUGUUCGAUCUAGUAGACAACGAGGUCUCAACAUCCCUCAUCAGAGAAUUCCACGAAUCAGGCAAGAUUGUUGCGACGCUCUGUCACGGAGCUGCGGCACUUCUUAACGCCAAACUCUCUGAUGGCACACUCCUCGUCAAAGGAGAGAACAUCACCGGAUUCAGUAACGCGGAGGAGAUCGCCGUGGAUAGACAGAAGGACAUGCCAUUUCACCUCGAGACAUAUCUGAACAAUGCCAGUGAAGGAGGUUACAAGAAGGCUGAGAAGGCUUGGGAUCCACUUGUGGUGGUGAGUGAGAAGAAGAAGCUGGUGACUGGGCAGAAUCCUGCGAGUGCUGAGGGCACCGGUGAGGCGCUUCUGAAGAUGAUCAAAGAGAGUAGUUAG